AUGCUGGAAGAAGGCGCUCACCUCCUCGGCGUAGGAGCCGCUCCCGCUCUCCGCUACCCCGUGGUCGCUCCCCACCUCGCCGCAGGUCACCUCCACCACGCGGCCGUGACUCGCGCGCACGCAGGACGCCUUCCCCUCGCCGUCGCACUCCAUCACCACCACGAAAGCGCUCGCCGCCCCCGGCUUCAGAUCCUCCGAGGGCACGGGAUCGUUCGCCAGGAGCCGGAGGAGGGUCCGGAGGUGACGGAGCGGCUGCAGGCGGUGGUGAUGCCCGCAUUCACGAGGAGACGAUUGGAGGGCGGACGAAAUACCGUGCUCGACUUCCCUGCGGCUCUUUGGUCAUCCAGGGCCCCUUGCGCAACAUCCGCGACACAUCGGAGCAGGACUUGGUGA